UCUGCGCCUGGCCCGGUCCGAGGAGCUGAAGAGAAGGAGGGCUGCCACGGACACUAUUUGAAACGUUUUUUUUUUUCAGUUGUAAAUUAAAAUAAGUGCUUAAAGCAUUUUGAAGAAGAAAAAACCAACAAAAGAUGUUUAAGGUGAUCUUUGUGGCCGCUCUCGUCGGCUUCACCUGGGCCAGUGAUGUGUUCGAUUACACGGAUGAUGAUUUCGACAGCAACAUCGGAGACCACGGACUCGCUCUGGUGGAAUUCUUCGCCCCGUGGUGCGGUCAUUGUAAACGGCUUGCACCUGAGUACGAGUCAGCCGCCACCCGCCUGAAAGGCACCGUCGCCCUGGUCAAGGUUGACUGCACAGCCAACAGCAACGUGUGCAGCAAAUAUGGUGUCAGCGGGUACCCGACCCUGAAGAUCUUCAGGGAUGGAGAGGAAACCGGUCCCUAUGAUGGUCCCAGAACUGCAGAUGGUAUUGUCAGUUUCCUGAAGAAGCAGGCUGGACCCGCUUCCGUGGUGCUCGAGUCCGACGCAGACUUUGCGAAGUACACGUCGGACCAAGACGCCAGCGUCGUUGGGUUCUUCAGCGAUGACAAGAGCACCGCACAGGUGGAGUUCAUGAAGGCGGCCAGCGCCUUGAGGGACAACUACCGCUUCGCCCACACCAACUCCGAGGCGCUCCUCCAGAGCCACGGCAUCGAGGGAGAGGGAAUCGUCCUGUUCCGCCCGCUGAAACUCAACAACAAGUUUGAAGAAAGCUCCGUCAAAUACAGCGAGGACAAAUACACCAACAGCAAAAUAAAGAAGUUCAUCCAGGACAACAUCUUUGGAAUCUGCCCACACAUGACCGACGACAACAAGGACCAGAUGCGGGGCAAAGAGAUGCUGGUGGCUUAUUACGAUGUGGAUUAUGUAAAGAACCCCAAGGGCUCCAACUACUGGAGGAACAGGGUGAUGAAGGUCGCCAAGAGCUUCCUCGACCAGGGCAAGAAACUGAACUUCGCCGUGGCCAGCAAGAGCGCGUUCAGCAACGACGUGUCGGAGUUCGGCAUGGACAGCGGCGCGGGAGAGCUCCCCCUGGUGGCCAUCCGCACCGUCAAGGGAGACAAAUACGUCAUGGCCGAGGAGUUCUCGCGCGACGGCAAAGCUCUGGAGAGUUUCCUGCAGAAUUACUUCGACGGCAAUCUGAAGCGUUACCUCAAAUCCGAGGCCGUCCCCGAGAACAACGACGGCCCCGUCAAGGUCGUCGUGGCCGAGAACUUCGACGCCAUCGUCAACGCCGACGACAAAGACGUGCUGAUCGAGUUCUACGCUCCGUGGUGCGGACACUGCAAGAGCCUGGAGCCCAAAUUCAAGGAGCUGGGCGAGAUGCUCGCCGAUGACCCCAACGUCGUCAUCGCCAAGAUGGACGCCACGUUAAACGACGUGCCCCCUCCGUAUGAAGUCAGCGGUUUCCCCACGCUGUACUUCUCCCCCGCCGGACGCAAGAUGAGCCCAAAGAAAUACGAGGGAGGUCGCGAGUUGGACGACUUUGUCGCCUACCUGAAGAAGGAGGCCACCAGCCCCCUGGUGAUAAGGUCCUCAAAGAAGCAGGACGACGACAACGACGACGACAAGACGGAGCUAUAAACAAAAGCAAAACGCUCAUUACAGGAACUCGACAUCGCCGCCCCAACAGCAGGAGGAUUGGGAGAAAUCAAUGAAAGAAAGAACUAAAUUUUAUUCCACUCUCUCUCUUAGUGAACUAUCGAAUGCUCUGAGGCCAAGUCGAAAAAAGACGCGGCCCUCCUUUUUUUAGGUCCUCUGCUCUGGGAAGACGGUGGACGGUGGAGAGGUGGUGGCCAGGGCCUGCCCAAUGUUUAAAAACAAACACAUUUUUAGGGAAGAGGGGACAUCUUUUUGAAAAUUGAGGUUUUUAUUUCCCCUGGUCUGUCUACUACACCUCAGGCUGAUGCACUUUGGUUUGACGCCAGUCUCCGGUCAUCUGUCACUUUGGUUUUUUGUUGUCGUCACGGAGGGCCUAGUGGUCUUGGGUAUUCCUUUUUUUUUUUUCAUUUUUCAUUUUUUUUUUUACGUCUUUGUUUUUGUACAUUUAGAAGGAUUGUGAAAUAAAAAGGCCCACAAAACCAAA